CUGUCGGUAAAAACGGCGCAGUCCAUCGACACGGACGCCGCGUGGGAUGGACUGCCGCCGUCAGUCGAGUCGACUGAGUAUGCACUCAAUUGCAUCCGGUGCAGCCACGACCGUAUGGAUUGAAAACCCCGUGAGCCCAACCACGACCACUGUCGCGCCAUUGUUCGUGAAAGCCCGCGUUGUGCCAAACGUACACGACGUUCUACCUGCCACCACCGUGCAUGUUCAAGGGGCUGUGGAUGGCACACCGUUCGCGCUUCAUCUCCCCGCGGAUCGAGUGUGGCCUGCAGAUGCGCGAGAUGGCGUGGUCGAUGACUUGGUCGACCUCACCCACGUCAACAACGCAAACAUCUUGGACGCGCUGCACGUUCGUUUCGACGCAAAUCAAACGUUCACGCACGUCGAUAAUGUCCUGUUUGCGAUGAACCCGUGGACAGAUCCGACGGAAAGGUACCUCCGCGUUGAUGGAGAGACUUGCUCGGUACCGACGGCACUCCAUGCGCAAGCGAACAAGCCCCUCGUGGCAAUGCUAACAGACGCGUUGGCCAAGAUGAACCAUGGGGGUGCGGGAGGAAAUGGCCACCAUCACAGCAUCUUAAUGAUGGGGAACAGCGGCUCCGGCAAGUCGUACACGGCCAAUACUCUAUUGCAAGCGCUGAUGGAAGCAUCUCUGAACAAGCGACACGGAAGGCUCACCGAGGACGGAGUGAAGGGUGUGGAUGCGAGAGCGGUGGCCGUGGAGACAAAGCUCUUGGCUGCCAUGACCGUCCUGGAUGCAUUUGGCAACGCACGUACUCGCGGCAACCCCAACUCGUCGAGGUUUGGACGGGUGGUCACAGUGCAAUUGAACGCGCAAGACGUCGUCGUGUCCGCGUCGGUGCAAUGCUUUCAACUCGAAUCCAGCGACGGCGAUCCUUCAUGCGGCUCGCUUGGCAUCGCCCACCGCGGACGUUAUCACAUUCUCGAGUUGCUGAAGCAGGUCCCACCACGCCCUGGUCGUCCUGACGGACAAGAUCCUGCACCCACCUUGGAUGCAAUCCAUCGUGUCGGCCAUAUCAAGGACGCGAUGACGGCCGCGGGUGUGCCUCCCCGCACCAUGGAGUCCAUUCUCAAGGUCGCACACGCCGUGGCGAUGCUGCUGCCAUCGCCGCAAGCUACAGGGGCACCGGAUGGCCGAGAUGAAGAUGCGCUCCAUCGCGCCGACGAAAUUCUCGGUGUGCGAGCUGGAACAUUGCACGACGCCAUGAAAGCAAAGGAGCUCUCGAUCGCGCAGGUGGGCCGCGUGCUGUACCGAACGGCGCUACGAUACGUGUUGGCGGCGAUCAACGGGGCGCUGGAUCCAUGCAGCGGCCGUCCGAGCACCAAGAUCCUCGACAUUGUCGACAUGCCUGGCUUCGAGUCGCUUGCCCAGGCCAAUGUCUUCGAGACGUUCUGCAUCAACUACGCAGACGAGAAGCUUCGCCAGUUCUUUAUCCAGUACAUGUUCAAGCUCGAGCUACGCAUAUACGCGACGGAAGCGCUCGCGGCGGUGCCCCACUUGCCGUUCCAAGACAACCAGCACGUUGUCGAGUUGCUCGAUGCAAAGGCGGGAGGCAUCCUGCACAUGCUGGAAACAACGUCGACGGGACUCGACCGCGAUGGAGCGACGUUUGCCGAGGCCGUCGCGAACCGGUAUCACACCCACGCCAGCUUUCAAGCCGAUGAUGCGCGCCACUGCUUUGCUAUCCACCACUCGACCGAGACCGUCAUGUACACCGCGUCGGACUUUGUGCGUGUCAAAGCUGACGUGGAUGCCGCCUUGAUGCGACCGCUGCGGGCGUCGAUGGACCCUGGGAUCGCCGCGAUGUUUGGCCACAGCGCUGCCGCACCACCCCAGACGCCGUCGCCGCAACUGCAGUCGGGACGCAAUGUGGAAAUGGACCACCUGCUGCUCUCGCUGUGCAAGUCCGAGCCACACUUUAUUCAGUGCAUCAAGAGCAAUGCGGCAAUGCAGCCCUGCGUGUUCGACGAUAGUGUCGUCCUGCAGCAACUCAAGCGACUAGAUGUGACGAGCACGCUGCUGCUGCGCAAGCACGGAUUCACCCACCGCGCGACAUUCGCCGACUUUCUCGACCAGUACAAGUGCAUUGAGGCGUACACAAGCCCGCGAUUGAUGGCGACGGAGCGAUCGUUGACACCGAAGCGGCGCUGCGACUUGUUUCUCAACCGACUGUGGGUCCAUCCCGCCCUCGUUCACGUGCAUAAGGCGGACGCGAUGCAGCUCGGCCUGCGCUUUAUCUUUUUCAAGCGCGACGCCAUCGACGCCAUCGACGCGAUUCGCGCGCAGACACUGAAGGAGCUCGACACCCAUGUCGGUCGCAUCCAAAAACGAUGGCACCGCGCAAGGACUCAAGCGAGGAUGGCCAACCUGGCCGACCAUGCUCGAAUCAUUCAACGACAGUGGACGCGCCAUGUCAAGCAUGUCGUCCAUCGCAAGCAGUGCCGUGCGGCCACGGUGAUUCAAACUGCGUUCCGUGGUUGGCGCAUUCGACCGCAGGACGCGCGCUUAUUUCGCCGCGACCGCACGCACCUUGAAUCCUCCAUUCGGCAUCGUUUGCAUGCGCGAAACGAUGUAGUCUUGACGCGACGAGUGAGUCGACUCCAAGCAGUUGUCCGUCGCUAUCUCGCCCGUCGCCGCGCGAGUCGGCAGGAAGGCAUAGCAAGGGCCAUUCAGCGUGGUGGGCUUGCGCUGCAGCUCCAGAGCCAGGUGGCAGCCGCGCGGCACGCGGCAGCUCAAAAAUUACAAUCCAUCUUUCGAGGAGCCAAGAUCCGCGCGGAACUCGGCACAGUGCUCCAUAUUCUUGCGCUGAAGCGAUCGAUUCGCUUGGAAUUUGCCGCAGCCACGAUGAUACAAGCAUGGGUGCGCACUCGUUCGUGCCAACGUCGAUACAACGCCAUCCUCCGAGCAUCGUCUUUGCUACAGGCUUGGAUGCGCCACAUGCACGUUCGCAUCCGAACCCGUCAAGCGGCGGCCGCGGCGGGAAGCAUUCAAGCCGCCGCCAGGGGCUUCCUCGUGCGCCACGAGGCAUCGGAGGAUGCGCUGCAGCACAUCUUGGGAAAUUUGGAGCAAGCCACCGCCGUCGAGAUGGGGCUCGAGCUUGUCGAGAUGGUCCAGCACAACCGCCGCGUCAUAGAUCUCCGCCCCCCACCUCGAGCGUCGCGGCACACGAUUUUGGCCCUCCACACCAGGCCUGGCGACGCCAAGCGGCACCGCCACUCGACAUGGAGCGCGCAAUUUUCCGCCUUGCAGGACAUGCUAGUGGAACGAGGUCGAACGCUGGCGGCAUUUGACAUUGGCGAGUCGCACGCCGCCGCCUUGACAGACCUCGGCCACGUAUACACGUACGGCUGGAACGACAGGGGGCAGCUGGGCACGCGGACGGUCGACUCCAAGCCCCGGUUUCACCCAAAGGGAAUUCCGCCGAGUUUUUUUCACAAUGCCGUGAUUGCCGCCAUCGCGACGGGCGAAGACCAUACCGUCGCGCUGACGGACGCCGGCAUUGUGUACACGUGGGGCGGCAACCGGUUUGGCCAACUCGGUCUGGGUCAUUUUCAAACGUGCCACGCGCCGCAGCGCGUCACAAACGCUGUGGGGGUGAUGGGACCUCAUCUCCGCAAAGCCAUCGCGAUCGCCACGGGUUCGUAUCACUCGCUUGCCCUCGUCGAAACCGGGUCCAUCAUGGCGUGGGGCGCCACAACGCCGGACGAGGCGAUGUCGACGCAGACAGCUCUUCCAAAGCUCUUGAAAGCAGAUCCGCCCGCCAAGUUUACGGCGCUUGCAUGUGGGACGUCGUUCUCGGUAGCAGUUUGCGAAAGCGGGAGGCUGUACUCGUGGGGCGACGACUGGGGUUCCGUGGGAGCGUUGGGGCUGGGGGACGCGGUCAGCCAUCGACGCGUCCCUACUCGUAUUCCCAUCGGGGUCGUCGACGGCAGCGGCCCGCGCUCCACCUUGCCGACGUUUCGACUCGUGCGAUGCGGCGCGUAUCACGCGGCGGCCGUCACGUCCUGUGGCAGUCGGGUGUAUGUGUGGGGUUGCAACUCGGUUGGCCAAUUGGGCGUCCGUGACAAGCGAAAUCGGUCGAGCCCCGUGCGUUUGCGCGCCAUGGAGUCCCUUGGCGGCGUGCUACAAGUGGAAUUGGGGGCGAACAGCACGACUGUCGCGGUUGCGACGACGAAGUCCCGCCUUGCCGUGUACGCGUGGGGCGUUGUGGGCCAUGUGUGCCCGUUUGUGAACGACACGUUCGACUCGCCCCCAACGGAGCAGCCGCGCCGGACAGCGGAUGGCAGAAUCGUCUUGAUGGAAGGCCAUACCGUGUCGAGCGAUCCAACGGUGUCGUGCGCAUGGUCCACGCGGACAAGUGUGCAUUGGACUACGUUCGCGCCCGGGAAAACGUAUCGCACGAAGUCGAGAACGGACGGGGUGGCACCCAUCGUCACGCCGACGCUCCUCGACAAGAUGCGGUCUGAGCUCGAUGGAGUCGACGUGCAGUCCGCUAGUGCUAGCAGGACGGCUGUCACCGACGACAGAGCGGUCGAGGAUCGAGUCCCCGAGCCAACACCGGGUGGCAAGCUAGCCCAUACACCGUCGCCGGUAAAACGUGCCGCGUCCCAAGCGAAGCGCCCAUCAGCCGCACGGACAGCCGAGGAUAUAAAGCCCAGAAGCACACGCAACCCCCUCCCGCGGCCAAAGUACUUUUCCAAGGUCUAGAUAGACCCCCCGAUAUACAUGCCACAACAUCCAUGCAGCAGCAUGCGUGAGCGUCCGCGCGGCGACUCGGAUUCCUCCAGGGAGUUGCGAAACGUGCAAAAAUAAAUUGCCCAAUCAAAUCGACGGAAGGUCAAUCCAACGACCAAUCCGAUCGCAGAACGGCACGAAUGUAUUUUUGGUAUGACGGUGGCGGCA